GAAAAAGGCCAUAUCUAUGGUCUCAUUUUCUCUUUACCAACGAUUCUCAGGUCGCAGUCAUGUUUGAUUUAAAUACUUGCAUUCGUAAAAACAUUUUGGAUCUACAGCCCUAUCGCUGUGCUAGAGAUGACUUUUCAGAAGGUAUUCUUUUAGAUGCUAACGAAUGCUCUUUUGGAUCAGUUAUCAAUGAUUGUGGCAUUGAAUAUAACCGUUACCCCGACCCUAGACAGAAUGAUUUAAAACGGAGAUUUUGCGAUUUAAGGAAUAAGGAACACCCUUUGGCCAAACCCUUGAAGCCUGAAAACAUGGUCGUCGGUGUUGGUAGUGAUGAAAUUAUUGAUUCCUUGAUCCGUAUUUCUUGUGUCCCCGGCAAAGACAAAAUUUUAGCUUGCCCUCCAUCAUAUGGCAUGUAUUCUGUUUCUGCUAAGAUCAAUGACGUUCAGGUCGUUAAUGUUUUGCUUAAACCCAAUUUUGAUCUAGACAUCGAUGCGGUCUACGAUACUCUUUCUAAAGACAAUUCCAUCAAGCUCGUUUUUACUUGUUCUCCCGGUAAUCCGACAGCUAAAGCUCUGAAGCUCGAUGACGUAAAAAAGUUACUGGCUCAUCCUACUUGGAAUGGUAUCGUUGUUGUUGACGAGGCCUAUAUUGAUUUUGCUUCUCCAGAAAAGACCGCUAUUUCGCUUGUGAAUGAUUACCCUAAUUUGGCAGUUUGCCAAACCCUUUCAAAAUCUUUUGGUCUCGCUGGUAUUCGUAUUGGAUUUUGCUUGACCAAUCCUGAUAUUGCGGCAAUCAUGAACUCAUUAAAAGCCCCAUAUAACAUCAGUCAGCCCACUUCUAGUUUAGCUAUUAAGGCUUUGUCUCCCGAGUCCGUUUCUAAGAUGUAUGAGCACCGUGAUAGAGCUCUUACUCAACGCGACCGACUCUGUAAAGAAAUUACUGCUAUUCCCGGUGUAGGCAAAAUAAUAGGUGGCCUUGAUGCAAACUUCAUUCUCGUUCAAGUUUUGUCAAAACCCGUGAAUGGUGUACCUAGUAAUGAUGUUGCUCGUUUUGUUUAUUUGAAAAUGGCUACUGAUCACAAGGUCGUUGUCCGUUUCCGUGGCACUGAGCCCAUGUGUGAAGGUUCAUUGCGUAUAACCGUCGGGACUGAGAGUGAAGUUACAGCUGUACUCGAUACUUUCCGACGUACUUUGGAGGAAUAUUACUCAAAAAAUUAAACCCAUUUUUCAAUAUUUCUGGACUUCUUCCUGUAGUUAGUUGGCUGUGAUUUUUCAAAAUACGUACAUUGCACUGCUCUUUUAAUGCUAUAUUUAACAAUUGGAUUUUGGAUUUUAGAUUAAGAUAGAAAACAGAAAGAGUUAAUUUCAUUUUUGUGUUUUAUUUCCAUUUUUUUUGGGAAAAGAAUGUAUAUGUCAAUCGAAAAGGAACGAAUGCUAACUACAAAUUAAAGAAUUAAAAGAUUAAAUGGUUCUGGC